AUGCAGAAACUGGGUUUAUCAGAAAAAUGGAUCUCGUGGAAAAUGAUGUGUGUAUGUAGUGUUGCUUACUCGGUUGUGAUCAAUGGGGAUCAAAGUGGUAGGAUUUUUCCGACAAGAGGACUCAGGCAAGUGAAACCGUUGUCUUCAUAUCUCUUUCUGUUAUGUGUAGAAGGGCUGUCUUGCUUACUCCAUCAAGCUGAACUAAGAGGAGAUAUUCGGGGAGUUGCAGUGACUAAAAUGGCGCCAAAGGUAUCUCAUUUAUUGUUUGCUGAUGAUAGUAUAUUUUUCCUUUGGGCGAAUGUAAUGGAGAGGCAGACCAUUCUUGAUCUACUUCGCCAAUACGAGAAAGUGUCGGGACAAGUGAUGAAUGUGGGAAAGUCGGCUGUGUUGUUUAGUUCUAUCACAAGUGCAGGAGUCCAAAGCGAUGCUAAGACGUGCUUGGGAAUCAAUAAAGACGUGACCAAAGUCCUUAAUCUUGGCUUGCCGCUUCUAAUUGGAAGGUCAAAGAAGAGAGUUUUUCAGCGGAUAAAAGAUAAGGGCGUCGUGCAUGAGUUAAAUAUGAUCAUUGCAAGGUUCUGGUGGGGCGGCAGCGAAGACCAGAGGAGUAUUCAUUGGAAAAGCUGGGACUCUUUAUGUGUCUUGAAGCUGGUUCUUAAGGCGAAGUACCAGGGAACAUUGUUAAAUGCUGAUAUAGGGCUAAUACUUCUUACACAUGGCGAAGCUUAA